AUGGAAGGGUUAAAGACCAACAGCUGGGCCCUGCAAUCUCCCUUCAGCAUCACAAACCUCCUUCAAGACGGGGCGUCAAACAAAGCUCCCCGGGGCUCUCUGUCAUCGCCACUUAGGGAAGACGAGACCCUCUCAGUGGCCGCCAGCGAUGAAGAAGAACGCCAGAAGUUGAGGAAAGAGGAGCUUACGGGGGAAAGGAGAGGGAAACUCGAGAAGCCCCCCUUCAGCUACAACGCCUUGAUCAUGAUGGCCAUCCGCCAGAGUCCCGAGAGGCGCCUCACGCUCAACGGGAUCUACGAAUUCAUCAUGGGGAACUUUCCUUACUACAAGGAAAACAAGCAAGGCUGGCAGAAUUCCAUCCGCCAUAACCUCAGCCUGAACAAAUGCUUCGUGAAGGUGCCCCGGCACUACGACGACCCCGGGAAGGGCAACUUCUGGAUGUUGGGUCCUUCCAGCGAGGACGUCUUCAUCGUAGGGGUCACCGGCAAACUUAGGAGGAGGUCCCCCGGAUCCCGGGCCAAGUUGGCUUUCAGAAGAGGAGGUGGGCUGGCUUCUGCUGAGGUGACGUUUUCCGGGUCGCUUUGCUGGCCGUUGCCGCCUCUCUGUGGGUCCUCCUCAGCUUUCUUGGGCCAUCAUCACCCCGGUGCCUUCUCUUGGUUCUCCUCCCAUCAGGCUAUGAUGUCUCCAGAGAUCCACAGACAGUCAGAAGAAGACGCUCCGUGCAGCCGCCACCAACACAUCACGACCACGAUGUUGGCUUCAGCCGUGCCUUGCGGCCUCUCCGCCCUUGACCGCUUAGACUCCUGUUCUGUCAACUUAAUGGCAAGCCGAGCAAACUACAUCUUGUCUCAGAGACAUCACCACGCUUCGCCCUUUCAGCCUCAACCCGGCCUCCUGUCCAAAUGCGCUGGAAAUCUCCUCGGCGGAGUACCUCUGGUUUUCCCUGGACAACUUUCUCCGGAGUUCUCAAGCUAUUUUGCUUUUCCGAACCAGGGAUCUCCAUUUAAUCCCAGCCAGCCUUAA